AUGGCAAAUUUCAAGAGGCUUCCAUGGCUUUACUUAGCAAUUUCUGCAAGAAUCUUCCCGUUGGUUCUCGGUCGAGAUGGAGGGGCAGAGUUCCAGCCGUCCGUGGACUUGGGAUACGAAGUUCGUCGAGGAUCGAUGAAUAAAACUGGAGAUUACUACAUCUUUAACAACAUCCCAUAUGCGCAGCAGCCUGUUGGUGAGCUGCGCUUCUCAAAGCCAGUCCCUAUCGUCCAAAGUCAGGGUGUCCCGGCCCAUGGACAUGGAAACGAUGAUGUUGUCAUGUGCCCUCAGGCUUAUCCGCAGUGGCUUAUUGACCUCAUGGCAAAGCGCAUAGGGGUCGAUAAAAAGAGGAUAGCGUCUUUGCUCAACAACCAACUGGGCCAGACGGAGGCAUGUCUGGUACUUGAUGUCUAUGUGCCUGCGAACAUUUUUGACGAGGGUCCUGCUGCAAAUGCAUCUGUCCUCGUAUGGAUCCAUGGUGACGGCUUCACGUACGGGUCUAAGAAUCUGUACGAUAACCCAGCAAGCUUGAUUGCUAGAUCUCAAAAGAUAUGUCCACAGGGGACCAUCCUAUCCGGCGGUGAUGUUACGCCGAACCUGGGACUUUACGACCAGCGACAAGCUUUGGAUUGGAUACAGAAAUACAUCGUCUUAUUCGGAGGCGGUCCGGGCAGAGUGACGGUUAUGGGUGAAAGCGCGGGUGCUGCGAGUAUCGUCCACCAGCUUACUGCAUUUGACGGGUCGAAGGCUUCCCCAUUUCUGAAAGCGAUUAUUCAGUCGCCCGGAUUCCAAUGGAAUAUUGACUUGCGUGGUAACUAUCUUAGAACAUUGGUAGAGGCGUCUAAAUUAGUCGGGUACGAGAUUGAUAGCGUAAGUCAGCUUCGUAAAUUACCCGUCGACCUGCUACAGGCUAUCAACCAAGCUACUGUCACUUUGGCCCCGAUGGGUACGUUUGGCUUUGGACCCGGACCUGACGGCUCAUUCGUGACGGACAUUCCGCAGAAGUUAAUUUACAAAGGUAAAUUCGAUCGUACGGUCCAACUGCUCCUAAGCCAUACAUCGCACGAAUCCGUACCUUUCCUCCCGAACAUAACUACCGCAGCCGAUUUGCGGUUAUACGUGAAGCAAAACAUGCCAACAACCUCUAAAAAAACCGUUAACUUUAUGCUUGAGAGUCGGCGACUGUAUCCCAACGUAAUGAAUGGCACGUACCCAUGGAGGACCAAUGACACUUUCAAUCUCGUGUUCACGCAUCCUCCAGGCUGGUACGCUGACGACGUACCAUACGUCUUCUUCAACGGCGAUACGAACACGCUGCAUAGCGGGUACAAAGUCGAUCAAGGCCUAGCAACGCAACUGCAGGACUACAUCGUCUCAUUUGCUCAGACUGGGAACCCAAACUCUGUGUCGAAUAGGCCGCAUUUCCAGAAAUACGGGCCCAAUUCGACAGUACUAGAAUUGGGGAGUCAAGGGUUUAGGAUAGGGACAGAUGAUUUGAAGGGUGAAAGAUGCAGGUGGCUCCAGCAAGCUAUGCUGGUAGGAAUAUUGUGA